CAUUCAAAUAUAUUAGUCAAGCCCUAGUCUCUACCCUAGUAUACCCACUCCCAAAGCUUCAUCUUUACCUUUUCUUUAUUCCUCUCAUCAAAGAUAUGUUUUUUAUGGAAUAAAGCAACAUAACACCUAAGGUUCUUGAUAUCUAUUAUCUUUGAAAGAUUUAUAAUAACCAAAACCCUAGUUUGAUUGGCUAACUUUUGUAGAUUUGUCUUUUUUAUUCUUACAAAACCCUAUUUAUGUUUCCUAAAAGCAACAUCAUCCAUGACCCUUUUUCCUUCACCUCACAAGAAUUGCUUAAACAAUCUUAUAAUACACAUGAUCAAAACCCUAAUUCACCUUCAAAAGUAGUAGAAGAUGAAUUAGAUCAUCCAUUUUUCUUGAAUAACUUCUUCCCAUCUCCAUUUCUUGAUGAGCAUGAACUCCCACUAAGCCAAAUAUUUUCUCAAAAGCAUCAUCAAAAGCAAGAGGUUAGUGAUAAUAACCAUGACAUUAAUCAAGACAACACCAUCAAAGAUAUUGACAAUUCAAGAUCUACCCUACUCAACAUGAAAAUCAUGGGAGAUCAGAGUUCAAAUCCGGCCAUAUUAUCAUCACCAUCAUCAAAGAAGAGAAAACAAAGUGCAAAACCACGAAGGAGAACAGGAAAAAAGGAUAGACAUAGCAAGAUUUGCACAGCUCAGGGUGUGAGAGAUCGAAGGAUGAGAUUAUCCCUUCAAAUAGCACGUAAGUUCUUCGAUCUCCAAGACAUGUUAGGGUUUGAUAAAGCAAGUAAUACCAUAGAAUGGUUGUUUUCCAAGUCCAAGAAUGCCAUCAAAGAGCUCUCAAGAAACAUCCCACAAGAGAAUAAUAGUAGUGAUCAAAACAAUGAUGAUGAUGAUGAUCAUAGAAAAUUGAGAAAAAUUGGUUCAAGUGACAAGCCAAUAAGAGAAAAGACAAGGGAGAAAAUGAUGAUCAAAUUAGGUCACAACAAAAAGUGUAAUCAAGAAUUGGAUGAAACAAACCCUAUAAGUACUAUUGAUCAUAAAUUAGGGUCAAAUUCAAAAUCUCUUGAACAUCAAUUUGCUAAUGUUGGGAUCAUGGAAAGGUACUUAGGUGGAGUAAGUUAUUCCUCUAUUACUUCUAUAUUUGAUUAUGACAACAAUGGAGUAAUCAAAGGAGACAUAGAUAUUUCUAACAAUUGCUUCAAUAUGGGGAUUCUUGAAAAUUGUUCAAUGACAAAUGAGGUUCAAAUCCCAUUUUCAGGUAAUAACCCUAGCUCAAUUUAUUUGGACAAUUCAAGGUUUCAUCAAUUUUAGAUUUUUGGACCUAGAAAAUCAUUUCAUCUGCAGGUGUUAAGACUAAAAAG